AUGAACCCGGACUCCAAGCUCCUGUUGGACGAGAUGCAUCGUCUCUUCAACGAGCAGAAGACCCAGAUCGAGGACCGAUUCACUGAGGCGGAUCAGAAGUUGGACUUGCGCUUCAUCGACAGCAGCCGCCUCCUGGAGAAGCGGUUCGUCGACGUCGACAAAUCCGUCACCAAGCACCUCGCCAACGUCGAUGACUCCCUCAACAAACGCCUGACCGAGGUCGACGACACCCUCAACAAGCGCCUCGCCGACUCCGACCUCUCCUGGGAACGCCGCAUCACCAACUCCGAGCUGCACCAGAACAACCUCAUCGCCGAAGCUGAACGACGUCAGGACGACCGCAUCUUCGGCGUCAUGAAGGUCGCGGGCGCCCUGGAGAGCUGGCGCCAGGACUCUGAAGGUGCUAUGGAUGAUCUCAAGCUGAAGGUGGACAAACUCACAAAAUAUUGGGAUCGAUCAUUCCUCGACAACGCUACGGCGUCGACAGGGUUGAUCUCCCAACCACCUUCGGCGUUGGAGCAGACCGCUGCGCGUUCAUCUGCGAAUCUCACGGCUGCUCGGCCCAGCGGGCACCACGUCGAAACGACUCCACGAGCGGAUGGUAUUGGGGAGAAUUCUUCCCAAUCCCAUUCUCCGGCCAAUGGUAUGCAUUCCAAGCCCAAACCUGAGGUUUUGCUGUUUCAUGGAGAAGCUUAUGAUGUUCAUACUCGUAACCAUCCUCCUGAUCCUAACCCACCCAAUCUCGGCAAACUACUCAAGCAAAAUUUUCCCAUCUAUGAGGGGGAGACUACUCGUCUAUGGAUAUCUCAGGCCGAGGAUUACUUCGACAUGUAUGAAGUACCUCCACGCCAGUGGGUCAAAAUUUCUCACAUGAACUUUCAUGGAGCAGUCGGUCGCUGGAUCGAGUCCAUUCCCCAACCAGAUCGCCUACCCUGGCCUGAUUUUUGCAAAAUGCUCCACGAUCGCUUUGGCCGUGAUCAGCGUGACAAGCUUGUGAUGGGCGACAAGGCUCCUGCCAAGGGCCAAGAUGACAAGCUUUCAACACUUCGGGCCUACUGCCGUGCCCAGGGUCUCUGUGAAGUCUGCGCCGAGAAAUGGGGUCACCCAUUCCAGCAUGAUUUAAAGAUUCUUCAGUUGGACUCUGACGACCUAAUUCUGGGUAUGGACUGGCUCGAGCGAUACAGCCCAAUGGAAAUUCACUGGAAGGCUAAAUGGAUCUCUAUACCUUGUGAUGGUACUCAGUUGGUGCUUCAUGGGCUUUCCGCCACAUCUACAGUUGACAUGGUUUUCUAA